UCCCUACAUCGGUAAUCUAAGAAAAAAAUAUUUYAAGUCUCGAAUCUAAUUCUUCGCAGUUUGUUUUGGUCACGUAACAAGUUUGACUUACCCGCCGCAUUAAUAGGCAAAAACAUUAACGAUUUGUUUGAGAAAUUAGAAAAAUUGUAAACUAGUGUGCUUUUCUUUUGUUGGCAACACUGAAGCAUCUUUGUUCAAAAGUUGAAAAUGUCUUCGAAUAAGAUUUUACAAAGCAACGCUGAACGUUUGGGGAUACGAGACGCCCCCACAAUACAGAAAGCUGAAAGUUUUUUACGUGUUCUUAACACUAAACCGGCCUCGAAGACCCUCAGCGAUGUCGGGAAGAUAAUCAUGUGUCUUGAUUUAGCCGCGACUAUUCUCGGAGUGGGGUUUGAUAAGGACACGGCUAUAAAACUAUCAGGGUUGCGGAAAAGUGGCUAUCAGAACAGUCUCAACAAUCUUGAAAAGAUCCUCAAUUUGGAUAAACCAAUCACAGUGUCGGAAUUAUGUGUACAAAUGAGUUGUACGGAAGUCAAAGACAUGGCAGAGACAAUUUUAACCAAUUACAAAGAACGUGACACGAAAAUAAAGGAUUUGGAACACCCACAAUAUGUGGCAGCAGCUGUCCACACGAGUUGCAAAUUAAGUGGCAUUAAGGUGGAUAAAUCGCAGUUUAGGGCAAUAAGUCGCCUCAAGAUGGCACAAUGGAAUGAGUUACUUGAGGAGUUUAGUAAAUUUGCGACUUCCCUGGGGCUAGCAAGUGGGAAAAAGCGGCCCAAAAAGGGGGUUGUGGAUCAAGAAACGAUGGAGAUUGACGGUGUGGCACAGCCCCCGAAACCCAAGGAAAAAGUGCAAGUCAUUGAAGAGUACGAAGUGUGGAAACAGAGGAUAUUGCAGGAGGCCUCCGCUGAAAUUCUCAGAAACACACUUGAAGAAUAACUUUUUUCRCUAUUCGCUACUAUUUAUUAAAGCUAAGUUUUACAACAA